GCUUUCACGGUGCCAGCUGAGCUUCAGGUCAGAGACUGGGCCGCAGCAGUUUCGAGAGUUUUCAGACCAGCAAGCGCGGAAAAGUUUUGACAAGCGGACCUUUGCGUGCGGCUCCUGUCAGCAGCAGCCCCAGCCUGUGCGGAGCCUUCCUGCGGGUGAGAGGCUGUACAAUCCUCGGCAGUGUUCUGAGACUGUACGGCCCCCGAUCCCCCUACAAGCCUGGCCGCUCACAGCCAGCCGGGUGUUAUGGACUAACCAACAGGUUUCAUCUGUCAAAAAAAAAAAAAAGAAAAACUCCUUUUGACUGUAAAGUUGGACUUUAGUUGUAGACUGUCGGGGAAUUACAACACUGUUAUCGUGCAUAAGAGAAAAAAACAUGACGGCCGAUAAGGAGAAAAAGAGGAGCAGCUCAGAGCGGCGUAAGGAAAAGUCUCGGGAUGCAGCUCGCUGCAGGCGCAGCAAAGAGACAGAGGUUUUCUACGACCUUGCUCACCAACUGCCUUUGCCUCACAGCGUCAGCUCUCACCUGGACAAGGCCUCCAUCAUGAGGCUCGCUAUCAGCUUCCUGCGCACACGCAAGCUACUCGCCGCAGGCUGCAGCAGCAGCAGCAGCAGCAGUGAUGGCAAUGAGGACAGACAGAUGGACAGCCUGUACCUGAAGUCUCUGGAGGGCUUCAUCACCGUGGUAACAUCAGACGGCGACAUGAUAUUCCUGUCCGAGAACAUCAACAAAUUCAUGGGGCUCACGCAGGUGGACCUCACUGGUCACAGCAUCUUUGACUUCACCCAUCCAUGUGAUCAUGAGGAGAUCAGGGAAAAUCUCAGCCUGAAGACAGCUGGCAGUGGCUUCGGUAAAAAAGGUAAAGAGCUGAGCACUGAACGAGAUUUCUUCAUGAGGAUGAAAUGCACCGUGACCAACAGAGGACGCACCGUCAACCUCAAGUCAGCCAGCUGGAAGGUGCUGCAUUGCACCGGACAACUGAAGAUGUACAACAGCUGCCCUCAGCGAGGGCUGUGUGGCUUCAAAGAGCCUCCGCUAACAUGCGCUGUCCUGAUGUGCGAACCCAUCCCACACCCGUCCAACAUCGACACACCAAUGGACAGCAAGACCUUCCUGAGCAGACACAGCAUGGACAUGAAGUUCACCUACUGUGAUGAGAGGGUAACAGAGUUGAUGGGUUACACUCCUGAGGAUCUGCUGGGUCGCUCAGUCUACGACUUUUACCACGCCCUGGACUCAGACAGCGUCACCAAGAGCCACCACAACUUGUGUACCAAGGGUCAGGCAGUGAGCGGUCAAUAUCGUAUGCUGGCUAAGAACGGAGGCUUCGUCUGGGUAGAAACCCAGGGAACUGUUAUUUACAACAGCCGCAACUCCCAGCCCCAGUGCAUCGUGUGCAUAAACUAUGUCCUCAGUGACAUUGAGGAGAAGGCGACUAUUUUCUCUUUGGAGCAGACAGAGUCCCUGUUCAAGCCACGCCACAUGAGCAGCUUCUUCACUGCUGGAGGUGCUGGCAUGACUGGAGAGCCUGGAGAUGUUCUCUUCACCAAACUCAAAGAGGAGCCAGAGGACCUUGCCCAGCUGGCUCCAACACCCGGAGACACAAUCAUUUCCCUCGACUUCGAUCGCCCUCAGUUUGAGGAGCCCCAGCAGCCAGCUGGAUACACCCAGGUGUCUGCCACAGCUAUGCACGCUCCGGGACCUCCGUCCUGGGCCAGCGAGAGCCACAAGCCUGCCCCUCCAGCAAGGCUAGGCCAAACCCCGGCUCAAGUUCCAAGGGACAUGUCUAACAUGGCCAGUACAUUCACCGUGCAGCAGAAUCCACCAAUGGGCAGCCCCACUCCGAGCCUCAGCAGCUGCUCCACGCCCAGCAGCCCAGGUGAUUACUACAGCUCCGUGGAGAGUGACCUGAAGGUGGAGCUGACCGAGAAGCUUUUAGCCCUGGACACAGAGGGCAAUAGCAGUCCUGCAAACACUGAGAGGGACCUGAGUGACUUAGACCUGGAGACAUUGGCUCCUUACAUUCCCAUGGAUGGCGAGGACUUUCAGCUGCAUCCUAUCAUCCCAGAAUCAGAGCCCCUGGAGCCAGGUCAAGCGGGAUCCAUGGGGAGCAACAGCAGCCUUACCCAAAAACCCCAGAGCUUCAGCAACAUCGCCAGCCUCUUCCAGCCCCUGUCCUCCCCUCCUCAGUCCCAAGGCCACUACCAGCACCAGACAGAUGCAUCCUGGGCUGCAAGGGAGAAGAGAGGCUCCAGCCAGCGGAAUGUGGACCUCCGUGCAGGGUCAUGCAUGAUGGGGCACAUACAGAAUCCCCCAUACCAGGCACCAGCCAGCACCCCUCUGUCCUCCAUGGGUGGCAGGCAGAAUCUGCAGUGGCCACCGGAUCCACUGUUAACCUAUCAACAACAACCACGUGCCACCAAGGCCUACCUGAUAGACACGUUGGCAGGAGAGGAGCGCCUGUCCUACCAGCAGAGCAUGCCACAUCUCAUGCAGAAACAGAGGUCCAUUGACAACUUUGUACAAGCCUACAGAGACAUGAGUCCAGCCAGAGUGGCCAUGACCAGCAGUAUCAAGCGCUCCUUCACCCAGAUGGCUUCGGAUGAAAAUAAGCCAUCAGAAAUCAUCUGGAAGAAGAUGAGGGAUGACAGAUGUGCCGCCAUGGAUCGCUCCCUCAGUGCAGGAUCACUGACAGAGUCAGGGAUGAGGAGGAUGGUGUCAGGCAGCAUGUCAUGUAUCAGCUCUCUGCAGCAACACAGGAAGUCUCAGUAUCCCGGAAAUGGGAUAGGUGGCGUAAAUGAGAAACCCUUUCCCCAAAAGAGCUGUAACUACACACAGUAUAACAUGAUGCCUUCUAACAAGACUGAGGGUAUUGCCAGUCGUCUGCUGGGCACUUCGUUUGAGUCCUCCUGUCUGCCGGAGUUGACCCGUUAUGACUGUGAGGUCAACGUCCCACUGCAGGGCAACCUGCACCUCCUCCAGGGCUGUGACCUGCUGAGAGCCCUGGACCAGGCCACCUAGAGCUCCAGAUUCAAACCCCGCCAUAGACCCAGACUUACUCCUAGCCCGGGACAUAAGCCUCUUUACCUUUGUACCUCUGGGCUCUCUAAGAGUCCUAAGGGUUAAGCUACCUAUAGGGAAUGGUAUACAUAACCACAUCCUGUCUUAUUUAGCUUAUUUGGCUCAGCCCCACACCCCUGUCCCCAUAUAGCUCUGUACCUAGACCACCCAAACAAGCUACAAUGUUAGGGUCAAGCCAUUUUACACCCCUUUUCUCCAAGCUCUCGACUCAAAUCAGAUGCAGGUUGACCACCAGUGUAAGAAAAUUGCCAUGCAUUGAGCUACCCACACACAAGACCCACAUAUAUAAGGUAACAUGGGUCACUUGGUGAAAAAAGGUCAAGGCGGGACAAUAAACUAACAGAGUACAAAGUGAUGCAACAGUCUGUCUGACCUGCAUCAAAAAGUCGUGACACUGGGAUUUAUUGCUGGUUUGGUCUUGUCUCUCACAGGUCAGCUCUGUGUUUGGAAACACAGGUUGGGUCUUUGGUGUAAAAUAGGUGUUGGUGUGGGAUUAAAACACAUAAUAUGCCUUAAAGACCAGCUCUGCCCAAACAUCUACAGUCAUACACAUUGACCACCAGCAGUCUCCUGCUAAGGCUAAGCAAGGUGGGAAUCCACAGCCAGGCUAAAUAUUGGUAUGGGAUUCCAACCUACAACCUGUGUCUUAUCCAGAACCAGUCUCCGUCACAGACCUACACCCUGAUAUGAACUCUAUGCAGCUCGGUUCCUAGCCCUACCUUCCCUUCAUUAUCUUAACUCAUUUAGCUCAUUUAGCUCAGAGGAGGAGAAGAUAUUAUACUACCUAUACAUUAACAGAGACACUGUGUUCUUUCACUUCAUGUUUUUGACCAGCAAUUAGAUCCAGCGCACUUUUUCAGUUCCAAUCAAAGCAUCAAGCAAGAGUUGGAUAUCAUGAAAUAGCUCUGAAAUGUAGCCAUUUUAAAACGUGUACGGACAAAGGAUUCUUUACAAAACAUGCACUUUGAUUUUGCUUAUUGAUUCCCCCCAAAAACGUGAUAGUGCUGACACAUUUUCCCCUUUGAACCUUUUAAAAUGUGUCAUUUGAAUUAUUUUUAGAGGUCAAAAGAAAAUAAUACUAUUUAUUCACACAAAACAAGCAAAAAUUAGACAAAAGUCUGAAAAAAUAAAUACAACAUUGUCUGCAAGAACAGAAUCUUCUUUUCUCCUAUCCCCUUCAUCAUAUUGCAACCUCUUGCAAUAAGCUAUAGUAAUGCAGGGUUGUUGAUAACUGAAAAGAUACAGCUCCCGGAUCAGAUAAUGCUAGCUUUCAAUGUCCAAACUCACGUAAAAACAACAUUUAACUUUUUUAUGUAUAUCAAACCUGCUUAAGAUAGUGGGGUUUUUCAUGUGUUCUUUUUUUAAAUUUUUUUUAGAAGCUCCGAUUUAAUUUCAUUCACAAAAGAAAAGCUAAAGCUCAGGAUAUGAUGAGAAUCAAUAAGCCAAAUCAAAAUUAUACCUAUAACUCUUAUCAAGCCUUUUCCACAUAUACAGACAGACACAAUUAUACAGUCAUCAACCUGCCUCGUCUUGCCUGAAUCCAUCCCACCUGAGUCACUGCAACAUCAUACUCUGCUCUGUAGUGCAUUUUGGUCAUUUAGGAGUUUGUUUCUCACAAUAUAAAGUGGUUCACAGUAACAUUACAUCUGUUUGGGUCAACUUUAAUGACAUAUGCAUUAUAUUGUUUUUUGUUUUUUUGUUUGUCAUUGAAUUGAGAAUCUAUUUUAACUUUUAUCAAAUCUCCCCACAUUGUUUAAUCCAAAUCGACGGGACACUUUAACAUAUCAAUACUGCUUUGUUUCUCUUAUUUACUUUUUUUUUUGUUCUUACUCCACCUACCAUGUUCUUUUAUUUUUGUGUCAAACUCACAGACACAAUAGUAAACAUAUAUUGCGACACAUGUACUCUACUGUAAGUUGAAUAAUGAUAUGUUUUUUUCCUGUUUUUCUAUUUUUCCUUAAUCUUCUCUUCUUAAAUCUACGUUUGAUUUAUCUCAACAUGUUUCUCGUGUUUCUCGGUCAGGUAAGUAGCUUGUGUGACUACAGGGUUUUUUUUCUUAUUGUGCAAUUAUUUCAUUGAGCUUAGUCAGCAACAAAGCUAGCCUUAUUCACCAAACAGAUCGCUUGUACAAAAGAUCUGACUUAAACACCCAGUAAGCGUGCAUUUGAUUACAUAUUGUAGGCUUACACACACUUCACACAAUACAGAAAACCAUAAAAAUCAGUGGUGUGCAAAGGCUACGUAAGGGUGGUGGAUGAUGACGAAAAAGGGGCACCUCUCUUGUAUGCAAGUAUAUUUUUAGGUUGAUUUUCUUUUUUUAUGCCCUUAAUGGUCGUGUUUUAGUUUUUUUAUUCUCCUGUCCCGGGUAAUGCUUGAUUGAUGCUGCAUAAUAUUUUCAGGAUUAAUCGUGUAAAACGAGCCCAAGGUAGCAUAUUCAAAUCUCUUGACCGCCAGUCCAAGAUAUUCAGUUUACGAUCAUAUAUGACAAAGAAACACACACAACAAUGUUCCAAGUUUCACAAUUCAGUUUAAGCUACAAAUGAAAAAUCUAUUCAAUAAUUUCCAAUUCUUAAUUUAGAAAUUUUACUUAAUUAUUUUAAAACUCUAAUGUAAUUGACUGUUGGAAUGAUAGAAAACAAUAUUUUAAAGUCAUAGUCAAAGAAAGAGUUUAAAAUUAGCUUAAACUUGCAAAAUCACUGGUAUCCUCCUUUUAAGCGAACAGGAUGAUAUUUGGGGGGGCUUUGAAGGAGAUUUGAGCCAAUCACAGGGCUAAUCAGUACACUAGGGGAGAUCAAAAGGGCACCUUGGCUGAACAGAAGGGAAGGCAAAAAAGACACUUCUGCUUUUACGCCCUCUUUGCACACCACUGCACAAACCAGAGAGUCUAAGAGACAGUAGCAACUACAUAACCACUUACUCAUUCAGACUAUACUUGUGUACAUAGCAGCAGCAACCUUGGUUUCAGUGCAGUACAGCAGCCUGUGACGUGACUUGAAAGUGGAGUGUAUGUAUUCUUUAGGAUUAGGACAAGGCCAGUUUUUCUUACAGUUAACAAGAUGGAGUGGCUGCCAAUAUCGGAAAGCUUUGAGCUAGAGUAGGUCAGAACUUUUGUUUUCAAACGACAAAUAUUUCCCCCAAAUGAUGUCAGUAUAACAUCGACAGUAUGCCUUCAGUGAAAACACAUUCUCAUCAUUUUUCUCUGUUCUCUCCUUUCCUGUACUCUCAGUAUUUUUCUUGAUCUCACUCUAUUUUUUGAGGUAAUUGUCUUUGUGUGGUGACCACUUUUGAGUAUCAAUUAUAGAGCUUUGUACACAUAUACGUUACGUAUUUAAAGACAAAACUAAUGUCAAAGAUAGUGUUUUUAGUGUUUAUGUGUCCUGGUACUUUGUCCUUAUCUACCCCUGUAGAUGCAGAUGGAUCAGAUCCCUCGCAGUGCUGUUUCCUCUCGUGCUGUUUCCGUGUUGUGGCAUUUUGUUUUGUUUUAUCCUUAAAUAUCUUUAAUAUCUUAUUCCCUAAAAUAUCUAUUAAAUCUAUUGGCUGGGCAGUACUGUUUUUGUUGCUGCUUUAAGAAGAUAAAACAAAAUAUAACAGGGAAAACGUUGAGAUUAAAACUGAAUAUCAGUUUUCUAAGUUUUACUUUUCAGAUAUGUAGCAUUUUGAAUACUGUUAAGAAGGUGAAGUUGCCACAUAAUCACAUAGUUUUCCAGUUGCAUAUAUAAAAGCAAUGGUGCUUCAUUGACCAUGUAUGUGUCAUUUUUAGAACCUUUAUUACAUCUGUUGGAUCCACUAACACUAUUUUGAUGUUCUCUGCUUUAUGUCAUGCUGAAAUUUUCUUUAAAGUGCAUUUUAAUCCAUAUAUUGUGCCUUAUCAUGGUUUUGUUGUCUCAACACAUAUACUGAGUUUACCCUUCAAGUGCACAGUUUGUUCCCUGCAACCUGUAGAUGAAUUCCUGUAACUCUGUGGUAUAUUAUUGAAUUAAAUCCUAACUUUACAUUGUAUCUCAUUUGAAAGUUGAAAAUCUACUGAAUUUACUGAAUCCUUUGGUUUGGAGGUUUAAUUUGCACUUUGCAAAGUUUAGUUGACAACAGACAAUGUACAGUGGACAAUUUUCAUAAUAACCUCUAGCUCCUUCAUAGCCUCCUCUUUAGCCAACCUUUAUUUAAAAACUGAUAGAACAGCAGCCUCAUCACCGAACAUACAAUAGAUGCCUUUUAUAUUAAACUAGAACCCUAUUAAAAUCCAUUGUAGCUCCCCUGGUGAUGACGAGUCAAAAUUUGUUUAAGGUUUUUAAGGUAAUAGAUUCCCCAGCUCAUCAAACAACCUGAGUGUAUGUUUGUUGAUGAAGGGGUUUUAUGUUUAGGUGAAAAAGAUUUGACUGGGCAGUAAAGGUUCUACUGGGAGGUUCACAGGUCAGCAGGGACAGUACUGGCUGUUGAAUGUCAAUGCCUUGCUUUUGUAGAUCAACAGGAUCAACAGUGAAGGUUAGAAGCUGAAUUUUGUGAAUUUGUAAAAACAAACAACAUACUCCCUUAAGCAGUUCAAUAAUUUAUGACUUGAUCAUGUAGAUAGUUUAAAUUAAAGCUGUUCAUAGGAGAGAUUCCAAUAAAAUAAGACCGAGAAAAACCCACGAAAGACUGUGCCACACUAGUUUUAACACAGAAGCUUUAAAAACUAUUAUUCUUAUUUUCAUUGUUUUGGCCCAUAAUUCUACCACACAAUCCCAUUUUCGGACCACCUUAAUUGCCACAUGAAUGGAGUGCAACAUGAUAAUUGUACUCUACAUGUGUAGAGUAAGGGUUCUAACCAAAUCUGCAAUUUAAGUAUUUUAGGGUAUCUAAACUACUUUUCUGGAAGUGAAAGUACCUGGACUCUUGUAAAGCUUUCUGCAGUGAAAGUGGAGACUACAUCAGAGUCAAUAUCUAUGAAGAUUGAAUGCAGAUUGUAAAAAAUACAUUUUCACCAGGCACAAGUCACGUGAUGUUUAAUAGCACUGGAGAUGAACAUUAUCCUGAGAGGAGAUAUGAAAAUGCGUAUUGUCGAGUUAAGAGAGAGGGAGAGACAUCCUGCUCAGCCUGCCCACUGAUGCAUAUCUCUCAACUCCUCCACUGGACAGUUCGCUCAUCCGUUUCUACUCUCACUUUGCUUUAUUUUAAGACUCAAAUCCACCUUACAGCAUGUCAGUGCAGAUUUACAGUGUUUUUACUAUUCUAAACAGUCCCAGCACUAAAUUAAUUUUUGGGGACCAAAGAGGUUUUAAGACAUGAAAUGUUCAUGCACAUGGAAGAAGAACAGCACCUUAGAUUGAAUUUUUUUUCAACUGCAGAGAACUAAAUUGUGUUAAUGUAUGUGGAUAGAGUUGGCUAGAUGGAAGUCGAUUUAAAAUAAAAAUCUAGGCAGAGGGGAAGUCCCACCCCCCUUUUAAGAUAGCUUCUGCUCCACUAGCUUUGGCCAGACAAUUUAAAAUUGGUAAAAAAUUAAAAAUGUAUACACUUAGUAAUAUUUUUAAUAGAUAUUGCUAUAACUUAGAAUUUAGAUGGAAAACCCCAGGAAUAGGUGUCAGCUUUUCAGAAAGAAUAGAUUCUGAGAGAAUCCAUUAAGAAGCAAACGCUAGUAACACAGAUGCUAAGCUAAAAUGGGCGGGGCUUCAGCUAUUUAAACCCUAGAAGACUUAUCACCAGUCCUAGUGCUCAACAUACUGUGCUGCUUGAAGGGUUUCCCCAAAACAAAAGGUUUCCGGAGUUAAUCAACUCAUUCAUUGCACUUCUUCUUUAAAGGCAAUAUCAGCAUUUUGUCUUGUGUAACAACUGGGUUUUUGUUUUUCUUCAUGGGAUCCAUGUUCAGCUUCUUGUAUUCUGUUUUUGUCAAUGUCAUACAGUACAGUUAUAUUAGCUGAUUCUGCAUUUUUUAAAAUAUGCUAAAAAUUCAUAUUGAUCUUAUUAUUAUCAUAUAUUGUUAUCAUUGUUAUUACUAUAUGGGGAAUUUAACCCAAUAAGAAGUUUGUGUUUCUGCACUGAUAUCUUAUUAUUAAAGCAUACUGAUCUUACCCUCCCUUA